UUUUUAUAUUGCUUAAGUAAAGUAUCUGAAUACUUCUUCCACCACUGUCAGGACACAGUAGUGGUAGUAAGCUAAUUAUUCACUGUCCACUAGAGGUCGCUAAAGCGCUUCACACAGUCACUACAGUACAGCUCAGACAGACCCCUGCCAGUACAGGAAUGUAGCUAACCAGUUUCUUUAGUUUGUUCGCCGUGAAAAGACGGUGAUUUCAAAGGAAAACCAGCAGCCACAGGAGCCAUGUCGCCCCAGAGUGUGGUUAACGGAUGCAAACUGGUCGCUGUGAUGCUUCUCUGGCUCGGUCCCACCGAUGGAGCCAAACACAGAGGUCACGCUCACGAAGCAGAGCACCAGCAGCACCUCACACACAGCGCUGUCGUCUCAGAUUUGGAGGAAGUGGUGCUGGUGAUCCAGAGUCAGAGGAACUCUUACCACGCCCGUCGAGGUGAACAGAGGAAAUUGGAAGUUCUGCAGCAGGCAGCUGAACUUGGACAGGGAGUCCCAGUUGUUCUUCUUCUUCAUGAGCUGUCAGUGCAUGAAGGGGAUUGGAGCAUCCUCCCUAUGCUUCCUCUCCUCUCUGCCUCUUACGGCCAAUCAGCAUCCUGGUUUAUCUUCAUUGAGGAAGAAACUAGAGUCGCACUUGCUGCUCUGCUGCAGGUCCUCCACAGAUAUCAAGCCCAUGAGGAAUGGUUUUUGGGUAAGCGUCUCAAUGACAACGAGGCCUCCAUCAUCCACCACUAUGCCUUCUCUGAAGACCCCGGCUCUUUUGGUUAUCCCGACCCUGCAGCUGGCUGGGCUCUCAGUACGCCACUGCUCCAGAGACUCGCUGAGCGGAUCCAGCACGAGCAUCUGAAGUCAGAUUUUACUAUCGACUUGAAACAUGAGAUUGCUUUGUAUAUUUGGGAGGAAGGAAACGGUCCAAAGCUGACGGCAGUUCCAGAGUUUUGUACAGAGCCGAGAGACAACUGCGCCACCACAUUUACAACCUACAUGCCCAGCUGUGGUGAUCCAGUGUUGAAGAAAGACAUAUUUGUUGCUGUGAAAACUUGCCAAAAAUUCCACUCUGAUCGAGUACCAGUGGUCAAGGCAACCUGGGAGAAAGAUGCUGGGUUUCUGGAGUAUUACAGCGAUGUCACUGAUGCCUCCAUACCAACCAUCAGUCUUGGAGUGCCCAAUACUGAGAGAGGACACUGUGGGAAGACGUUUGCCAUCUUAAAGCGGUUCCUGAGUAAAGCUGUGCCAAAGGCUGACUGGCUACUCAUUGUUGAUGAUGAUACACUCAUCAGUUUACCCAGGUUGCGGCGACUGUUGCGUUGCUAUGACCCAAAGGAAGCAGUGAGCCUGGGCGAGAGAUACGGCUACGGUUUGGUUCACAGCGGAUACAGCUACACCACAGGAGGAGGAGGGAUGGUGCUCAGUAGGGUGGCGGUGUCCAGGCUGGUUUCCAGUGGUUGUAGCUGCUACAGCGAUGAUGCUCCUGAUGACAUGGUGCUCGGCAGGUGCUUCACUUCCCUCGGUGUUCCCAUCACACACAGUCCACUGUUCCACCAGGCCCGGCCGGAUGACUACUCAGAGACAUUGCUCUCCUUGCAGCAGGCCAUCUCCUUCCACAAGCACUGGAACAUAGAUCCCGUGGCUGUCUACAAACACUGGCUGCAGGACACACACCCACGAGAUGAACUGUAGUAACAGUGUGUGUGUGUGUGUGUGUGUGUGUGUGUGUGUAUGUAGUAUGUUUACCUUACAUACUGUAUUGUAGACAAAGACUGAAUCCAAAUUUGCACAACAGCGUUACGCUAAAGAUGAGACAACAAGCAGCAACCAACUACAGUGACUGUAAUAACUAGACAGACCUGUCAAAUGUGGCCUGAAACAUCAUCCCUACAAGCCUUAAUGUUUCCUUUUUAAAAAUGUUUUAUAUCAACAUGAAAUCAAAUCACUGUAUGUAAAGUUAAUUAUCUCCCAAAUCUGUGGCUUUACAGAGGUUUUUAGCCUCGGUUAGCUCAUUGUUUUGGUUUCAUUGCCUGCACAUUGACUGUAGGGUUGAGUCAGAAAAAAAAGCCCCAAACAGCAGACAGAUAAACUUGACCGGUGGAUGCUAAUGUUUCUCUGCCUCUGCCAAAUGUGUACUUUAAGUAUUGUUUGCUUACAUGUUCGCCAUAGCAACUGCCAUCAGUAUGGGGAUGUGUCUGUCAUUUUAUUUUGACAUUUUUCUUCCCAUUCAUUUAAAAUGAAUAAAUUCAACAAAAUGGAUCCAUACAUUUUCAAAAUUGGCAAUGUUAGCACCUGAUGGUGAUGCUAAAUGAAAAGUCAGUAGUCUUCAUUCUGUGGGGAAAUAAAGAAGAUUUAAAGUAGAUUUUGGAACAGUUUAGCAGUGUGCAGGUAGUCUUUUGUUCUUUUGUGUAGUCUUUUGUGACCUCACCUGCAUUGAUAUUUGUUCAUCCUCUGGAGACCAUGAAUAUCUGUACAUUCUGUAAUAGAGUAGACAGGAAAAAUAAUACUAACAGUAAUAUCUUAGUCUGGACCAAGAGGAGCCACACUGCUAGCAUGGCUAAAAGUUAAGCGACUUAACAUUUCUUUUAGUUUCAGCUUUUUCCUACAUCUAGAAAUUUAGAGUGACUACAUCUACAAGUGUACACUGAUUCAGUAUUAGUUAAAUCAUGCUGGUUGCUGCUUGUUUUGUGAGCGUGAAUGUGAAUAUUACUACUGUCACUUUAACCCCCCUCCCC